AUGCAGGCCAAUGGCGAGCGCAAACAGUCCUUGGGCCUCGAGCCGCCGCCCUCGCUGAACUUUGGCUUCCCGUCCCCGGGCACUUUUACGCCCGCCGGCUCUAUCGACUCCCCCACGCUCCCCGACAAGUCCUCCUACUCGCCCGCUGGCCCUCCGCCCCCCGCAGAUGUCGUCCUCGAAAACUCCAAACACGCCGUCGCCGAAGGAAGCACUCCCCAACCCUCCGGAAAAGCCCGCACCUCCAAGUCGCUCGACGUCAAUGACCCCGUCCACAUGCAUCUCCUGGUGGAAACGGCCGUGGGCGACAGCCUUGCAUACGAUGUCUUGUCUUUUGAAGAGCUCGAGGCCCUAAAGAAGGAGCGCGUUUCAUUGGUUGGCCGCAUGGAAGCUGUCGGGCAAAAGCUGGCGCUUGAGUCCAAAGUGCGCGACGCCGCCGUGUCUUUGAACCGCCUUUAUGGGAACAAGCGGCCUGGCUCGAGUGCAGGCUCCCCGAAGCUGCACAGGCGCAGCAUCAGCCGAUCCAGCAACGGGAGCACCGGCAGCGCCCAAGUCGAGAGCGUUAGCAGGAGCGAGAACGAGCUGGCCACAAGCCAAAAGAAAUGUGACGAGUUGUCACGGGAGCUUUGGCAAAUGGAGAGGCGCUUUAGGGACAUCGAGUCGCAGAUGUUGAAACACACUGCGGGCAUCCUUCAGAUGACGCACAAGGGUCCGACGAAACGCAGCCGCAGCCGACAGUCCCUGAUCAACAACAAUGCCCAAGGAGGCCGGCCGGAUAGCCCCGCCAGCAUCUUUACCUACGAAAAUGCCGGUGCCAGAAGCCCAGUGCGUCACGAAGACAAGGACAACUUUGACGAGCGCAGUUUGUACCGCUCUCCUGAUAACCUCGACAAACUGGUGGAUGCGCUCAAAUACGGCAAAGCUUUGACCACUCGCACCGAUCCCUUUACCAAUGGAGAUUCUGAGGUGCAAACUGGAACCUUGCAGUCUGUGGAAAACCGACUUGAGGAUUUGAACGACAGGCUUCGCCAGCUGAUAAUUCAGGCAAACCCCGACACGAACAAGGAGUACGAUGCUCCACCGAAGCACACGGCCGAUGGUAACGCCGGCCAACAGGCUGCGAACGUCGAGGAGAGGCUUGAUUAUCUUGAUCAAGGCCUCCGCGAUCUCGAGGCCGAGCAAAGCAACAUGCAGCAGCACCACCAAGACACUAGGCACGCUCACAAUGCUCUGGAGGGACGCCUCGAGGGUAUCAACAACCACCUCUAUCAACUCGCCGAAAGCACCCGCACGGAAGAUCAAGAAGAGCAAUUACCACAGCCUCCACCUCCCCAGAUUUCAGGCCAGGGUGCUCAAGAGCAAAUGGAGUAUAUGCAAGAGGUACUUUAUGCUAUCGAGCAGUCUCAGCAAAAACUACUAGCUCAGGUUUCUGAGCAGCCAAAGGAGCAGAUGCCGGCAAGCGUUCUGCAGGAAGAGCUACAGUUCCAGCUGGAUAAUUACGAAUCUUCUCUCAACGGGCUGUGGCAAAUCAUCGUUGCCGGUGAAGAGGAAGCACGCCAAAGGAAAGCUCAACGCAGACAGAUGCUUGAGGCUGAUCCUGACGGAACUUCGGACCUCGAUGAUAUGUCUCCGGAUGAAGAGCCUCUGUCAAGCGACUUCUCGAUGCCAUUGUUCACGUCGAAGGUCCAGACUUUGUUCAGCAAGGCUUCCAGUCUCAAAGAGAAGAAUGCUAUUCUGCGCCGCCAGAUCAAGCAGCAGCGCGAGCUCAACAGCAAGUCAGACGCCGAGAGGGAGCAACAAGUCCUGGGCCUCCACGACGAAAUUUCUCGUCUGCGCGAGCAGGCGCACAACAACACUGGCAACUCCGACGCUCUGGAACAAGAAGAGCAAGCCCGCCAUGUUGCCGAAAACAAGGCUGCCGAGGCAUCGGCUCAGCUCGCCGAGGCCGAAAGCAAGUUGUCCCAGCUCGAUGAGUCGCUGCAAGCCGCCAAUGCCAGUCGUGAGAAUGCAGAAAAGGCAGUGCAUGAGAAGGAGGAACAACUCAAGAAGACGGAGGAUGAACUGAAGGAGCUUGAAACCCAGGUAGUCAAACUGCAGACCGAAGUAACUAUUGCACGAGCAGAGCUCGACGGCGCAUAUGGAACCAGGGCUCAACGUGCCGCCGACAUUGCCGGAAACCCCGCGAUCAGGGAGGAGCUGGAUGCACUGGGCGAAAGAAACAUCCAACUUACGAUCGAGGUUCAACGACUUCAAGAAGCGCAUGCCACCGCUGCAAGGGAGGCCAGCCAGGUCAGCGAAAGAGAAAAACUGCUCAGGGUUGAGCUCCGAGACACGAUUGCCGAAUUUGAAGAGAUCACGAAGGCAAACGUCGAGAAUGAGAAGGAAAGAGAAGGCCUGGAGGGAGUCAUUGACGGACUCCGAGAGAAGGUCGAACGCCUGGAGGGUCAGCUCGCGGAUGAGAAGGUCAGAUGGCUCGGCGUCAAUAGCCCCGGCGCACCGAACGGUGGUAUGCAGGAGACGACGAGUAUUACGGUUCUGAGGGUGGAGUUCAAGAAGAUGAUGCGGGAGACGAGAGGCGAGGUUUUGAGGGCGUUGAGGUCCGAGCAAGAGGAACGUCGGAGACUAGAGCAACUUCUCAGGGCGUUGAAGAAGGAGCAGUUGCCGCAAAAGUCGCGUAUGAGUCAGAACAGCCAGAACCUGACCGCAGCUUGA